UGGCUUUUACAACCCACCACAGAUCAAAACCAAAGCCACCUUGCUUUUGUUGUUGGUCUAUACAAAGAAAACACUUAAAAGAAGAAAUCAAAAGUUGUGAGCAUGAAGAAGCUUUCUUUUCAUGUGUGGCUUUGCUCAAUUUUUUGUGCCUUUCUGAUGAUUUCAAGAGUUGCAAUUUCUCAAGAAGUUGAAGAUGAGACAGAAUUUGAUUAUAAUGAAGAAGGAGAGAAAGGACCUACACAUUGGGGAGAUCUUAAACCAGAAUGGCAUAGUUGUAAGACGGGACACAUGCAAUCUCCUAUCGAUCUGUUGCAUGAGAGAGUUCGAAUUGCAUCCCUUUUCACAAACAUCGAGUUUAACUACAAGCCAACUAAUGCAACUCUUAAAAACAGAGGUCAUGAUAUUAUGUUAAAAUUGGGCCAUGGAGCUGGUUAUAUGGUAAUGAAUAGAACUCGAUAUUUUCUUCAACAAAUUCAUUGGCAUUCACCAUCAGAACACACUAUCAAUGGAAGAAGAUUUGCUUUAGAAGCCCAUUUGGUGCACCAAAGCCAAAAUGGAAAUUAUGCUGUUAUUGGAGUUGUUUAUAACAUUGGACGACGACCCGACUAUCUUUUAUCCAAGAUGAAGGAAAAUUUGGAAGAGAUUUCGGAUACAUGUGAAGAGAAAGCAUUAGAUGUGAUUGAUCUAUCAAUGUUGAAGAUGCAAAGCAGUCUAUAUUAUAGAUAUAUUGGGUCCCUAACAACUCCUCCAUGUUCUCAAAAUGUACUUUGGACUAUUGUUAGGAAGGUUAGGACUGUCACAACCGAACAAGUCAAGUUGUUACGCGUGGCUUCUCAUGAUGACUCUAACACCAAUGCUCGUCCUUUACAACCUAUUAAUGAUCGAAAGAUUCAACUUCGCAUCCAAUCAACCAUAUUUUGAAGAUAAUCAAUGUAAUGGACAAAUAUUUAUUCUAUAGUUUUCUUUUGUAAUACAUAGGGUAGUGCCUAUCGCACCAUAUUUUUAUUUUACACUUAUUACAUGUUGUCAGAAUUAUUAUCAUAUCUUGGUAAUAAAAAACAUUUUUGUUGUAUCGAGUAUUAGAUCUAAAAUAUCAAAGCGGACUUAGUUCUACGGUAA